GACGCACAGGCUGUCGGGUGUUUUCUAUCGAUACUUUUUAUUUAAGUCAUAAGAGCAACGUCUGCGGAUAUCGAUACAAAUAUUUUAAAUAUUUAUUUACGGAAGAUACGGAACAAGAACGUCAGGAAUUUGCGGUUUCAUAUAGACGUUUGAGAAGAGGAAAUCGGCGUCGUUUGUCAGAGAGCAGCGCGUGUAUUUGUAUUGAUGUGAAUAGAGUUUUUGACAGGACAGAAAUGGAGGAAAGUGUUCCGGUCCGAUCUGCUUAUGAGCGUCUGACGGCAGAGGAGAUGGAUGAGAAGAGAAUUCAGAAUGUAGCUUAUCAAUACCUGUGUCGACUGGAGGAAGCCAAGAGGUGGAUGGAGGCGUGUCUUCAUGAGGAGUUACCUGCUCCCACAGAACUGGAGGAGGCCUUGAGGAACGGUGUCUAUCUGGCUAAACUGGGCCACUGCUUCGCUCCUGAUGUUGUUCCACUCAAGAAGAUCUAUGACACGGACCAGGAGCGGUACAAGGCCAUCGGGCUGCAGUUCCGUCACACUGAUAACAUCAAUCACUGGAGAAAUGCCAUGCUGGAGGUCGGCCUGCCUACGAUCUUUCAUCCAGAGACGACGGAUGUUUAUGAUAAGAAGAACAUGCCAAGAGCCGUUUACUGCAUUCAUGGCUUGAGUCUGUAUUUGUUUCGUCUGGGACUGGCUCCUCAAAUCCACGAUCUGUGUGGGAAGGUGAAGUUCACAGAAGAGGAGAUUAAUAACAUGAAGCUGGAGCUGGAUAAAUAUGGCAUUCAGAUGCCAGCGUUCAGUAAGAUUGGAGGAAUUCUGGCCAACGAGCUGUCUGUGGAUGAGGCGGCGGUGCACGCGGCUGUGAUCGCUAUCAAUGAAGCUGUGGAUCGUGGCUGUGUGGAGGUCACACGUCAGGCCCUGAGGAACCCCAAUGCCAUGCUGAACGGCCUACAGGACGAGCUGGUGCCGGUUUAUCAGGAGAUGCUACGGCAGGCACGGGCACAGAAAGCGGCGCAAGCGCGAACCAUCGGAAACGGAUCGGAUGGAAAAGACAUUUAUGAGGAAUAUCUGACGCAGAGAGAGAUACAAGAUUCUGUCAACAGAGUCAACAUGCAGGCAGCAGUGGAGCAUGUAGAUGAAGCGUUAGACUCUGGAGAUCCGCUGGUUCUUCUCUCCACUCUGCAGAACUCAAGCCUGGCGCUCAGAGGUCUGAUCCGAGAUCACGCAGGCUGGUACCUGGAGCAGCUGAGUGCUGACAGAGAACAGAAAGCCCUGGAUCUGGGUUGUGUAGAUGCUUUGGAGCGAGAUGAACUACAGGACGGCAUCAGUGUGGCCAAUGAAGAUGCUCAGAGAGAUCGAACUAUGCAUCAGGCAGUGUGUAAAAUAAAUGAGGCUGUGCGGCGUGGAGAAGCCCGUCAGACAGUUCAGGCCCUCAUGAAUGCAGAUGCCCAGCUUCCUGAUGUGUAUCCAUUUGCUGCAGAACUUUACCAGAGAGAACUGCAACCACUGCAGCGCCAGUGUCCACAGGGUGAACUGCAGCAGGAGGAGUUGUUUGUUGCUGUGGAGAUGCUGUCAGCUGUGGCUCUGGUCAAUGAGGCUCUGGAGGUUCAGGAUGUUGGUGGAUUCACCGCUGCACUGCUCAGUCGUGCUGCUGGACUCACUGAUAUUGAUGACAGUCUUAUUCAGAGGUAUUUUGAGGAGCUGUGUGCUCUGAAGAGAAGGGCAGGGACAUCUUUCCUCACCUGGAAUGAUCUGCAGACGGGUCUCAAUUCUGUCAACAUGACCGCUCACCAGGAACACGAACAGAUCGUGAGCAUCAGUCUGAUCAAUCAGUCGCUGUGUCGCAGUGACCCUCAGAAAACUCUGGCCGCGCUCAUGCUGCUCUCUAGCGGUCUGCAGGACGUGCUUCCACACAAUGCCACACGCUAUCAUGACGUGUUGACCAGACUGAAGAAACGCAAGGCCGAGAUGAGUCGUGACCCCUUAGCUGAACUCUGGUUGGCUGACAUUCAGGAAGGUGUGAGACUGGCCAAUCAGGACACCCAGAAAGCACUGAAGAUGUGUCUGGGACUGGCGGCGGUGAAUCAGGCUGUUAAAGAAGGUGCGGCAUCUCAGACUGUGCGUGUGCUGCGUCUGCCGGAGGUGGCGCUGCGGAGCGUGGUGUCAGAAUGUGCUGUCGGGUACCAGACAGAGCUGUCCGCCCUGCUCAGAGCUAAAACACUGGAGGGUGACAACAGAAGCCCGUGGAUGAGAAGCAAAGUGUCAGACGGAAGAAGUUAUUUCUUCCACCUGCAGAAGCUGGAGGGUUUCUGGGAAAGACCUGCGGGGUUUGUUCAGAACAGCACCUGUCUGACACAUGAUGAGAUACAGUGUGUGUGCAGUAGUGUAACUGCGGCUCACAGCAGGGACGUGCAGUGGAAGGCCAGUGAGACGCUGGUGCUGCAGCUGCAGGCGCGCAUGCGAGGAUUCCUACUGCGACAGAAACUGGCUGAGCGUCUGCACUUCCUCAACACACAGCUGCCUGCCGUCAUCACCAUCCAGUCUCACUGGAGGAGCUUUCUACAGCAGAGGGAAUACAGACACAGACUACAGUACCUGCAUGAGAACUGGAGAGCCAUCGUCAAGAUUCAGGCCACAGUGAAGAUGUGGCUCGCCCGCAGGAGAUAUCUCGCCCGACUCAAUUUUUUCUGGAGAAACGUUAAAGCCAUCAUCAGGAUCCAGGCGUUCUUCAGAGCCAGCAGGGCGCGUGAUGAGUACCGGAUGCUGGUUCACUCCAGCGCUCCGCCGCUCUCUGUGGUCCGGAAGUUUGCUCACCUGCUGGAGUUCGGUGAUAACGACAUCCGUCAGGAGGGAGAGCUGCUGCGUCUCAGGGAGGAGGUGGUGAGAUCCAUCCGAGCUAACAGACAGCUGGAGGCGGAUCUGGAUCUCAUGGAUCUGAAGAUCGGACUGCUGGUCCGGAACAGAGUCACGCUGCAGGAGGUGGUGUCUCACUGUAAGAAGCUCACUAAGAAGAAUAAAGAGGAGCUGUGUGUCAUGAUGGCACUGGACAAACACAAGGGUCUGAAGUCCAUGAGCAAAGAGAUGAGAGAGAAACUAGAGGCCUAUCAGCACCUGUUCUACCUGCUGCAGACUCGACCGUUGUAUCUGGCUCAGUUGAUCUCCCUGAUGCCUCAGAAUAAAAGCACGAGCUUCAUGGAAACGGUCAUCUUCACUCUCUUCAACUACGGCUCAGACUGCAGGGAGGCAUUUCUGCUGCUGCAGCUGUUUACUGCGGCCCUGCGACACGAGAUCGGUGUGAAGGUGGACAGGCCGCAGGAAGUGGUCACCGGAAGCCCCACCGUCAUCAAGCUGCUGGUGAGUUUCUAUCGUCACGCUCGCGGUCAGAACGCCUUGAAGGACAUCCUGGGCCCGGCCAUCAGUGAAGUUCUGCAAGACCGGACGCUGAACAUCCGCACCGACCCGCUGGAGAUCUACAAGAGCUGGGUUAACCAGACCGAGAGUCAGACAGGACAGAAGAGUUGUUUGGCGUAUGAAGUGAGUGUUGAGGAGGCCUUGAGUCAUCCUGAGGUGCUGCAGAGACUGAACAUCUCCAUCACAAACCUGAAGAAUCUCACUGAAAGUGUGCUGAACACCAUCAUCAACAACACACACAAGCUGCCGUACGGUUUGCGUUACACUGCUAAAGUUCUGAGGGACGCGCUGCAGGAGAAGUUUCCACAGGCCACUGAAGACGAGCUCUACAAGAUCGUGGGAAAUCUCAUCUACUAUCGCUACAUGAAUCCUGCGGUCGUGGCUCCAGACGGUUUUGAUGUGGUGGAGUUCGGGGCCGGUUCCGCUCUGCUUGCGGGUCAGCGGCGCACACUGGGCUCCAUCUCUCGAAUCCUGCAGCACAGCGCAGCGCUCAAACACUUCCACGGAGACUCCGCCCACCUGCACGCGCUCAAUGAAUACAUCACACGCACACACCACAAAUUCAGGAAGUUCCUGCGAGCCGUGUGUGAUGUACCUGAGCCUGAGGAACGCUUCAACAUCGAUGAAUAUUCAGAGACUCUGAUCCUGAACAGACCCGUCAUCUACAUCUCCAUCAGUGAACUACUAAACACACACAGAUUGUUGUUAGAACAUGAGGAUUCUUUGUGUCUGGAUACGUCUGAUCCUCUCCAUGAGCUGCUGCAGGAUCUGGGCUCUGUCCCGACCGUCCAGGAUCUUGUUGGUGAAGGCCAGAUGAACCCUUCAGAGCCAAACCUUGAGCAGACUUUAGCCAAGACUGAGGUCUCUCUGACACUCACCAGUAAGUUUGAUGUGUUCAGAGGUUCUGAAGAUCAGCCUGACGCUCGAGGGAUUCUGCUGAGCACUAAGCAGCUCAUCAUCGAUGUGAUCAGAACACAGCCCGGUGACAUGCUCAGUGAUGUGCUCAGAGCCUCCGCCUCCAGAGAUCAGGAGGUGCAGCACGGCUGGAUGAUGCAUCAGCGUGCUCAGAGAGAAGCGCGAACGCCAGAGAAGAUGAAGAGGAAUCAGUCUCUGAUCGCCGACGGCAACCUGACACUGGAGGAGAAGAAGAGAAAAAUUCAGAGGAACCUGAGGAGACUGGAGUCACUGGGAACCCUCACACCACCUGACAGUCACUCACAGAUCCUGCGCCUCAUCGCCAAAGACAUACGUCAUCAGCGUGUGUAUCGCCAGAGACGUCAGGCUGAGCUGGUCAAACUCAAACAGACGCUGUGUGGUCUACACAAAAAGAGUUCGUUCCACUCUGAGCAAGUGGAUUAUUACAACCAAUACAUCAACACCUGCCUGCAGAACCUCACUGCCAGUAAAGUCAAAGGAAAGAACGCUUCAGAAAAUAAAAGCCGGAAGAAGAAGCAGCACCAGUUGACUCUCACGUACACAGCUGCACGUCUGCAUGAGAAAGGAGUUCUGCUGGAGAUCGAGGAUCUGCCCGUCACACAGUUUAAGAACGUGAUCUUUGACAUCGUGCCCGGUGAUCAGGACGGAUGUUUUCUGGUGAAGGCUCGAUUCAUGGGUGUGGACAUGGAGAGAUUUCCUCUGAAAUAUCAGGAUCUGCUGCAGUUACAGUACGAGGGCGUCGCUGUGAUGAAGAUGUUUGAUAAAGCCAAAGUCAACGUCAAUCUGCUCAUCUUCCUCCUCAAUAAGAAAUUCUUCAAGAAGUGAAGCGUUGUGUCAUGUGACUGUAUCAUCCUGUAGACGUCUGUAUGAUGGGAUGUAGCAGGGGAUCAGAAGCACAUCAUAUGACUGAAACACAUUCAGUCUGUCUGUUCUUCACCAUCGUCUUCUGUAUUUCUACAGAUAAGUGUUUAAAGAGAAUCUGCUUUAAUAAACACAAACAUCCUGCUUUCAUUGACAAAACAUUUACACUCAGUUAUGGGAUGCUUUAUACUUUUAUAUCAGCGAUGUUUUAUGAUGUGGUGUUUAUAUAGAUUUGCUCUGAGACUUUAUUCUUCUGUAAUACUCUAAUGUCUCUGUCACUCCAGCGCUGUGUGUGUCAGUAUACACACACACAUCACACUAACACUAGUCCGUCUCUUCAGGUGACUUUACCUGAUCUAAUGUGUUGAUUUAUGCCAUUAUAAAUGCUAUUUCUGGCCUUUGUAGUCUCAAAUGACAGAUAUUGUGUACUGUAAAUAUUUUCUGUCCUGUUUCCUAGUGUUUCAUAUGUUGUCGUGUUUGUCUGUCUUUUAUCUGUGUCUGUAAUUUUAAAACACUGCUUUUAUUCUCGAUUAAAGAAGUUUGCAUGAAUGAUGA